AUGAGGGAGAUUCGGCUAGUCCACAGCAAGCCACAGCAUAAUGUCCAAAUCCUACAGAAUGCUCAAGAUCCACGAGUAGGCGAGACAAUCAAAUCCAUCUACAGACUCACCAGUUCCGAUGAUUCGUUCACCUGGAAUCCCACGCUCACGGAGCACAUGAUACAGUUCUUGCGGUUUCUGAAGGAUAAUCGCAAAACAUUGGUUGUCCGGCUUUCUGGCUUCUCUCAAGAUGAUGAAAACAUGGAAAAGUGGUUUCAUCAAGCGUGUCAGUGGGAUUUGAUUGUCGGAUUGGUUUCCAAUAGUCUUGAAUCCCAUUCAUUCUUCAUCUACCAUGCAAUGUGCAACCAGAACGCUGCUAUUUCCAUGUUCUUGAAGAUAUAUCUGUAUCCAUGCGAUUUUGAUUCUGUUGAUGCCCACAACAGUCUUGCACGAGCCUUGAAGCGAACGAAUUGCCUAAACCGAUUAGAAAUAAAGGUUUGGAACGUCGGAUUGCAACCAGAUUUUCAGAACCUGGCACGAACCCUGUCAGAAGGAAUCGGUAGCAACCGGUCCAUACAAUAUCUCCUCAUCACUGGUUGGGACCAUACUGCUUGCAAUUAUCUCUUCUCCAAUUUGGUGGACCGUGAGGUCUCCUUUGAUCAGCUGAUUCUUGAGAGUGUGGGAUAUGCCCCCGUGCACGUACACAACGGAGGGAUCUCAAAAGAAUGGUGUAGUACAUUUAACAAAGCAAAUCACAUUGGAUUUCUAUCUUGCAAGGACAGUAUCACAACUUGCCAGUGUUUGUACAAUAUCGAUUCCACUGUGUUCUGCCACCUACAAUUGACAAAUGCUGGAUGGUUCUCUCAACAAAUCGAUAAUUUGCUGGUUCGGUUUUCUGAAUCGUGCCCCAACCUUUUGACCUUGGAUGUCUACAGGAACAAGAUGGAAGACUUGACUUUUCCUCGGUUUUCUGCUCUUUUAAAAUCCAAUGCUGCUACGCCUCCCUCAAUAUCCCAUCGCCGACCGCUGGGCUCGCUGACAAGAUUCCUUCUCGAUGGCAACCCUAUUCUAUCGGCUGAAACGCACAUACGGAAGAAGCUACGACCGAGUGUCUUUAGCUUAUUUCAAAAGAUUCCAAGUCUCAUUACUAUUUUGGAUACUGAAGCAAAGCCAGGAACGAGCAAUAAGGACAGGGCAAAGCUGGACAACUUAUCCCGAUGCAUGCGGAGUCUAGCGAUUGAGUCACCUUGCCUCGGGAUGCAAUUGCCACCUGCUGCUUGGCCGAUACUAUUAUGCAAAGCAAAUCGGAUGCUUCAAGGGGAGCCAAGCCUACAAGCACAAGUGCUCUAUGAUGUUUUGGUGAAUGCAUCUGCCGUCUUGUCUUCGAAUCAAGGAACAUUGGAUCCCAAUGAUGCAGCUUCAAUAAGCAACAAAUCACCUGACAGGGAACCUCUAUGGUUGUCCCUUCAAAAGCUACUUUCUUGGGACUGA